UACACCAGGCAAAAAAUACGCACCUUUUUUUUUUUUUUUUUUACCGACAACGCCACACAGAAGGAGGGGAAACCUGGAUGGGGGCAUUCUAACUCUGCCUUUUGUAAGCCCACCCUCUCCUUAAGUCGGAGACCACCUCCUAAAACCCACCACAGAGGUGCAGCAUCCCUCCCCCAAAAAACACCCGUCUCAGCUCCUCCAGUCUGGGGCCCCUGCAAGACACGGCGAGCACUCAGGACUAACACACCAACCACAACAAAAAGGAAAUCACGCAACGUCCAGCAGGUAAAAACAAAAAUGUUGCUGCGGACAUUUGGGAGGCGGGCGACCUGCUCGGACAUCGGCACUUCUUCCACCCGGCCGCGCCCCAGCACGCAGGUGCUAACAACAUGCGCGCUGCUGACCCUCAUCACUCUCCCCAUCAGCGGCACCGAGCUGCAGCCUUACUCCUGCCCGGUCAGGGGCAACUGCUCCGAGUGGAGAGCUCACACGAUCUGCUGCAGUGACAUUGAUAUUCUCCCGAGGUUCCCAGCAAGCACAGAAACACUAUUGCUUUCUGACACCAAACUCUCGUCUAUUCCAGCGAAUUCUUUUGCCAGCGUGGUCAACAUCUCAGGGAUAUACAUCUACGUGGAUAAGAAGCUGCAGCGGCUGGAGAGGCACUCGUUUUACAACCUGAGGAAAAUCACCCACAUAGAGAUUCGGAACACAAAAAUGUUGACGUAUGUCGAUCCAGAAGCCUUUAAGCAUCUCCCGAACCUCAAGUACCUGGGGAUUUUGAAUACUGGCCUGACUUUCUUCCCUGCUUUAAACAGCAUCCACUCAAACGACAUGAACUUCAUACUGGAAAUUGUUAAUCAUCCCUCCAUUACCGAGAUCCCCGCCAACUCAUUCCAGGGCAUCACGAGCGAGUUCCUGACAGUAAUGCUGUAUGGAAAUGGCUUCAGAGAGAUACGGCAUCACGCCUUUAACGGGACAAAGCUGGAUCAAGUCGAUCUACACAGAAACGUGUUUUUGACCAGGAUGGACGGCCGGGCUUUUGCAGGAACCAUCAGUGGCCCAACACUUCUAGACGUCUCCCAGACAAGAAUCACAUCGCUGCCCUCCACAGGCAUGGGCUCCCUGCGGAAGCUGAAGGCGACCGACACCUGGUCCCUCAAGAAGCUGCCGCCCAUCAAGGCCUUCAAGCACCUCACGACGGCUGAUCUCACCUACCCGAGCCACUGCUGCGGCUUCAAAAACCUCAAAAAGAAACGAGGCUUUUUGGAGUACAUCAUCUGUAACCUAACCGCUUUCUAUGACCACUACCACAAGCGCUCUGUGGGACCCCUUGACACGCCAACACUUCAAGUAGACGGAGUCGUGGAAACGCUUCCGGAGCAUGAGCAGAGAAACGAAGGUCACGAAGAGCCGCAGCAGGACUGGAGAAGAGGAGACUUCCACGGCAACCUUUACUACCACGCCUACUUUGGAGGCCAGCCAGACGAGGAAGUGGGCUUCGGAGAGACCCUCAAGAACCCCCAGGAGGACAACAGCCAAGACUUUGACAGUCGUUAUGAUUAUGUGGUGUGCGAGGAGGGAGGGGAAGUGGAGUGUGCACCGGUGCCUGAUGAGUUCAAUCCCUGUGAGGACAUUAUGGGCUUCGGCUUCCUUCGGGUGUCGGUGUGGUUCGUGAGCUUGCUGGCUGUUUUGGGGAAUGUGGUGGUGCUCCUGGUGCUGCUCACCAGCCACUACAAGCUCUCGGUCUCUCGCUUCCUCAUGUGCCACCUGGCCUUCGCCGAUCUUUGCAUGGGGAUUUACCUGCUGCUCAUUGCCUCCGUGGACCUCUACACCCGCUCUGAGUACUUCAACCAUGCCAUCGACUGGCAGACAGGCCCCGGUUGCGGACUCGCCGGGUUCUUCACAGUCUUCGCCAGCGAGCUGUCCGUUUACACCCUGACAGUGAUCACUCUAGAGAGGUGGUACGCCAUCACCUUCGCCAUGCGGCUGGACCGCAAACUCCGUCUACACCACGCAGCAGCCGUAAUGGUGGCUGGCUGGGUCCUCUGCCUCCUACUCGCUCUACUGCCACUGGUUGGAGUGAGCAGUUACCAGAAGGUCAGCAUCUGCCUCCCAAUGGACACUCAGUCUACCGCAGCUCAGGUCUACGUCUUGCUGGUGUUGGUCCUAAACAUUCUGGCUUUCUUUGUCAUCUGUGCCUGCUACUUUAAGAUCUACUGUACAGUCCACAACCCCCAGUACCACUCUGGAUCCAAGGACACCAACAUUGCCAAGCGCAUGGCUAUCCUCAUCUUCACUGACUUCUUAUGCAUGGCUCCCAUUUCCUUCUACGCCAUGUCGGCUGCUCUGAACCGACCUCUUAUCACUGUUUCCAACUCCAAGAUCUUAUUGGUGCUCUUUUACCCGCUCAACUCCUGUGCCAAUCCAUUCUUGUAUGCCAUAUUCACAAAGGCCUUCAGAGGGGACAUAUUCAUUCUCCUCAGCAAGGUAGGACUGUGUCAGCAGCAGGCGCAGCUGUUUAGAGGCCAGACUGUCUCGUCGAAGGGCAGUGGGAAUUCUCUGGUGCGGAGGGAAAAGGUUAGGAAAGGCGGAAGCCUUGGACAAGAAGAAGUACCCAUCAACCUGAAGAGCCUCUCCAGACAAGCCUAUCACCCAGGAAUCAAACCUGACGAUAACCAAGACCUGGACACGUGAGCUCUGACCAUCAGCUUGAGGAAGAAAAGCCUAGAAAGGUUCAUUUUGAUGGAGCCUUGAAAUAGUUCUGGACAGAUCUGUUAAAGUAUUAAACAGAAAGCUCCGUAAUCUGCGUCGGCUUUAUUUUUCAGACCCUGUUUAUGGAAUUUCAAUCUCUAUAAAUUUAAUUAAAUGCAAUCCAACUUGUAUUUUAAUAGCAUUUGUAGAACACCCCUGAAAGUAUUUACUAAGUAAAAUAGAAAAGCGUAGACAAAAGUUUCUCUCUUCUAUAUUUAGCAUAGGUUAAAUAUUACAAAUGUAUCACAUUAAUUUGAGCUAUUUGAAAUCCAUUAUUUGAACGUAUAUUAUCUUCAACUGCCUGCUGGCUCAGUGGAAACUUCAUACAUACACAAUUUAUUUAAAGUAUGAAAAAAUAGUUUAAUUUACCAUUACUCACAACUCUGUAGAUUAUGAAAAACAAUACAACAGCGACAGAAAAAUAUAUGGAUUUUGUCCAUAUUUUACUGAAUGCUUCUUCUGGGAAAUUGAGUCUGUACUUUAAUUUGAUGUUUUAAAGCAGAUACAAGUAUUUGCAGUAUGCAUAAGUCUUUGGAAACCUGUUUUAGUGGCAUGUGUGGAUAAUAAUAAAGUACUUAUUCACUUCUGUUCUUUA